ACAUUCGAAACAUUCCGCUCAGUUACCUCAAAGUGAAAGCAACAAAAUUGAAUUCCAGCUAACAUUUACAUAGAUCAGUGCAAUGAAAGCUUUAUUUAUCCUUGCACUCUGCUUGCACUUUCUCAGCAAAGUCGCGACCGAAAAAUGCAAAUUACAACACAAAGGCGAAAACAAAGAAUUUCCAACAGAUUUCUCCUUUGGUGCAUCGACCGCAGCCUAUCAGAUAGAAGGCGCAUGGAAUGAGGAUGGCAAAGGACUCUCCAUUUGGGAUACAUACACGCAUGACAAUCCAGAGAGAAUACGCGAUCGCAGCAAUGGUGAUACGGCAGCAGAAUCGUAUCAUCGUUUCGAGCAGGACUUAGCGGCGCUAAAGGCACUUAAGGUCAAAUUCUAUCGCUUCUCGUUCUCGUGGCCGCGCUUGUUACCCAACGCCGAUACAUCGGUGAUUAAUCAAAAGGGCAUUGACUAUUACAACAAGACGAUUGAUAAAUUGCUGGCAAAUAAUAUUGAACCCAUGGUGACAAUGUUUCAUUGCGAUCUGCCUGAUGCACUGAACAAAUUCGGUGGUUUCACCAAUGAUAUCAUCAUUAAAUAUUUCCGCUACUAUGCUGAAUUCCUAUUUGAGACAUUUGGUGAUCGCGUCAAGAAGUGGAUUACCUUCAAUGAACCCUUCGACUAUUGUGUGCUGGGCUAUGGCAAGGCCAACUUCCCACCACUGGUACAUUCACCCGGUGUGGGUGAUUAUCUUUGCAUGGAUAAUACGUUACGCGCGCACGCUGCCGCCUAUCGAGCGUAUCGGGCGAAAUAUUUCGAUAUGCAAGGCGGUAAAAUUGGCAUCACAAUUAGCAGUCGGUUCUACUAUACGCAACAGGGUGGCGCUGAUGAGGAGAUCAUCGAACGCGCUAUGCAAUACUCGCUCGGCUGGUUGGCUAAUCCCAUUUACGGCAAGACUGGCAACUAUCAUCAGCUUAUUUUGGACGACAUUCGAAAUAACAGUAUGCGUGAGGGCCUAUCCUGGUCUCGUUUACCCGCUUUCGAUGAGUUUUGGUCAUCAAUUAUCAAGGGCUCUGGUGACUUUUUGGGUCUAAAUUAUUACACCUCACGUUAUGCGGAAAUGGCACAUCCAGCUACUGGUGACGUACCUUCGUGGGAAUACGAUUCACAGCUGCAGUAUUCGGUUGAUGAGCAGUGGAAGCAGGGUAAAUCCGAUUGGUUGUACUGCGUGCCACAGGGACUGGAAGAUACACUAAAAUGGAUACGCGAACACUACGACAAUGUAGAGGUGUAUGUGACUGAAAACGGUUGGUCGGAUGAAGGACAGUUGGAAGACUCUGAUCGUGUGGACUAUCUCCAGUCUCAUUUGCAAGCAGUGCUCAAUGCUAUCAAUGAUGGGUGCAAUGUUACUCACUACUCACAUUGGAGUUUAAUCGAUAAUUUCGAGUGGAAUAUGGGCUACACUCUGAAAUAUGGCCUUUACUAUGUGAAUUUGACGAGCCCAAAUAAGGAACGUAUAGCCAAAAGAUCUGCGCAUUAUUAUAGGAGUGUCAUUGAGAGUGGCAAAAUAAUAUUGAAUUAGCAUUGAGUUAAACAAGUAUUCAUUUGUUUGCAGAUUUUAAUAGUUAUUCAAAGACAAAAUAUAAGUAUUUUUAUAUAAAUAAUAGCUCUCGCUUGAAUGAUUUUUCUCGACUUAUUCAGAAAGAUUUCUUAACCCUCUCAGGACCGUAAGCAUAAAUU